GGAAAAGAUGGCUGCGGUGGCUGUGGCUCGGGCCGCCUUUGGGGCCCUGGUGGGGCGGCGGCUCCUCCCCGCCGGUCGCGGCCUUGGCGUCCCGACGACUCCUGGGGCAGCAGUGGCCGGCUUGGGGGCAAGUCCCGGAGCGGGGAAUCUCCUGGUCUCCUUUCCCAGGCCCCGCCCCCAGAGCACGUCUGCCCAGGAAAGGCUUCUUCCUAAGACAUCAUUGACUUCCCCUCCAUGGCCUAAAAUCAUACUGCCAGAUCCUGAGGAGGAGACCCAGCACCAUCAAGAGGUUCUCAGGCGGGUGAAUGAGCUGAUUGCCACUGGGCAGUAUGGCCGGCUCUUCGCUGUGGUCCACUUUGCCAGUCGACAGUGGAAGGUGACCAAUGGGGAUCUGAUUCUGAUAGAGAACACUUUGGAUGCCAAAUGUGGAGAAAGAAUCCGAAUGGAGAAGGUCUUGCUGGUUGGUGCUGACGACUUCACGUUAAUCGGAAAGCCACUCCUCGGACUAGAUCUUGUCCGCGUAGAAGCCACAGUUAUUGAGAAGACGGAGUCAUGGCCAAGAAUCUACAUGAAGUUUAAGAGAAGGAAGAACUUCAGAAGAAAGAAAAUUCUUAUAAGACCCCAAACUAUCCUUCGGAUAAACACAGUAGAGAUUGCUCCGAGUUUGUCGUGAUCUUUUGGCUGAUACUUACCAAAGUGUGAAAAUAAAUCUUUUUUUAAACAA